AUGGGGUCGAUUAUCAAGGUCGAGGCUGCCGUCAAUGACAAAGAGUUUCACUAUGAUGGAAAUUUUGCAAUUCCACGUAAACCACCUGAUUCACCACUUUUGAGGGUUUACAAUGCCGAUACUCUUUUACACUCAAAACAUAUUGAUUCCAAUUUGAAGAAGAAGCAACAACAGUCAAAAACACAAACUAUUAACUUGCAACGUGCACAAGUUUUUUUCCACACACAUACGAAGUUUGCAAAAAUAGAUGGCCUCCUUCAACUCUCAUUGCCUUUCGAUCCAGGUCCACUCUUAUUGCCACCUUCAAUCACGACAAUGAUUUUGGCUUUGUUUGCUUACAAUUAUUCUGUUCAUGGGACUGAUAUCUUCAACACAUAUUGUCAAAUAAAUUACCUGAAUAGUGCAAGCAAGGUGUUUGAUCAAAUGCCAAACAGGGACUUCAUUUUCCUCUAUCUUCCCAAAGAAACUAUUAUUACUUCAAACACAAGUCUGCAGCAUGUCGGGAAGAUGACUACAAACACAUUCUCGGUAAUGCUACUAACAAACUUCAUAUUUCUUUUCGAUCCCGGUGGAACUCAUGGGCUGUUUCUUUUCGAUCUCGGUGGAACUCAUGGGCUGGCAAAUUUACUUCUUAAUUACGAUGAGGAGGUGAAGAAAGGUAUGGCAGAAGGGAAGCAAGUAGUGUUUACAGGUCAUUCUUCAGGUGCUGUGUUGGCCAUUCUUGUAACAUUUUGGGCAUUAGAAGAGAAUCUUAACCAAAUUCAGCAUAAGUCACCCAUGUGUGUUACUUUUGGUUCUCCUUUGGUUGGUAAUCAUAUAUUCUCUCAUGCUUCAAACAGACAAAACUGGUCUCGUCGCUUCGUACACUUUGUCAUGAUAUAUGACAUAGUGCCAAGGAUUUUUCUUGCUCCUUUUUCUAGUAUUGAAAAAAUUCUUAGUCCUGCUCUUCAGCUUUUGACUCCCGACGACAACAACUUUGAAUCUCAGGAUUCAAUAAGAGAGAGUUUGAGUUGUGAAUUUUACUCGACCGUGAUGAGGAAUGCAGCAGCUGUUACAAGGCAUGUUGCUUGUAAUCUGAUGGGAAACACAAAUUUGCUGCUGGAGACUAUGACAAAUUUUGUUGAGUUAAGCCCUUAUAGACCCUUUGGAACUUACAUUUUCUGCAAUGGUAAUGGCCAGUUGAUUGUGGUAAAUAACUCAGACGCCGUUUUACAACUCAUGUUUCAUAUUGCUCAGCUAAAAGAUUCGACACAGCUUUCUGAAGUUGCCAACAAAAGCUUACUGCAACAUCUAGCCUAUGAAGCUGAAUUAGAGGAGAGUUUGGGAAUGCAAAAUGUGGUGCACUUAAACAAACUUGAUGACCUUCCCUUGUCAUCUGGUGAUGCUCUUAAUACCGAUAUUGCAGCCGCCUUGGAUAGCCUUGGACUGAGCGUAAGAGCACGGCUGUGCCUUAGAGCAGCUGGUGAGUUAGAAAAGCAAAAAGAAAGAAAUGAGGAGAAAAUAAAAAAGGAGAUUCAGGAGAAGGCUGUGCCAAGCAUGAGGUAUUUGGAAGAGUACAAAGCAACCUGUGAGAUAAACAAAGGAAAAGGUUAUUAUGAUUCCUUCAAGGUGCAAACAGAGACAAAGGAUUUCCAAGCAAACGUGAAGAGGCUCGAGCUUACGGGAGUAUGGGAUCUUGGUGGACAAUUGAAGGUGUGCACAAAAGUUUGGCUCUCCAAAUUCAAGCAAUGGGAUCCAGGAAAGAUUAAUGUAGCAAUCACUAUUUAGCAUCUUAAGUUUUACUUUAGAACCUUGAGGACAAGGUUAAAGUGAACCCCGCGGCAAUGAUAGAAGGGUAUUAUAUGAUUUAUAUUAGUAGUAUUAUUAUUAGGAUGGUUAUUGGGCUUUUAGUAGUGUUUGGGCUUUUAUGUUAUUAUUAUCCAUUAAGAAUGUUAUAUAAUGUAGUCUCAUAGAGACAUUUGAAGCAAUCAAAGAAAUCAAAGUUUA